AUGCAUCCGGCGAGAAGGAGUGAGCGACUCAAAGCUUCUGGUGAUCCUCCGGUCAAAUCAUCGGCUGCUUCCAAAUCUGCUCCAGCUGGUUCAUCGAGUACCCGAACAAACUCACGAAAACGCUUCCGUCGCCGCACUCGAUGCACUCCACCGCCGGAGCCGUCUGAACCAGAGGCGGUAUCACUCUCUGAGGGAAACUCCUCUGACAGCGACGCUGAACCCGUCGAGAACCAGGAUCCCGCGCAUGCAUGUGAAGAAAACGAGCCUCCUCUCGAGUUGAUUCCCAAAGAAGCUCGGUAUGCCGUGAGUCGGGAUGCGUUUCAGGCUAGGGCCAGGGUGAAUCCGGAGCGACUCAGGCCAUCUAAGCGACCUUUCAAUCAACUCUUCUCUUCAAAAGCUGCAAAUGAACGAUUUCAUGCUUUGCAAUUGAGAACAUUUCUUGAGCAACAGAGUUUGCCGCUUGACAAUGAGGACCUUCAAGACGUUAAGGAAGUGGUGGUCAGGUCUGGUAUGAUCUACACUCUCACUGAUGUUGAUUCGUUCUUACCGAACUUGAUCCGUGAGUUCAUUGCUAAUCUUGUGGAUGCUGAGAAGCGAGAUGGUGGAGUGGCUGUGUAUAUCCGAGGGUCACUUGUUGAUUUCUCUCCAGAUUUGAUCAAUGAAAUGUACUGUACUCCGGGAGUUGAGGAUCCUCCGAGUUGGCUUGAUGAAAAUCUUGAUGAUGUGUGUAGCUUUCUCUCUGAGGGUCGUGUCUUAAGAUGGGAAGACAUGAGUUCCAAGUUUCUCACUAAGCUGAAUCAAGUUCUCUACAAGCUGGUCUGCACAAACUGGAUACCCACUACUAGCUACACCGCAAUGAACCCUGAGCGUCUAAGGUUUGUGUACAUGCUUCAUCACCACAAGAGAUUCAACUUCGGCAAACUGGUGUACAAUCAAAUCAUCUCGAUGGCUGAAGGCAUUAAGACAGAGAAGACUCGUCGCAUCAUCUUCCCAACACUGAUCCAGCAGGUUCUGAUUUCACAGCGUGUCCUGCCUCCAGAUGGAGGUGAUGAUGACUACAUUGGAUUCCCGAAACCAGUUGUUAAAGACAUCAAAGCCGGAAGAGGAGAUGGAGCUGGUUCACAUCCUCCAAAUCUUGAGAAAGACAUCGCUCGUACCAUCGCAAGCCUGAAGUCCAUUCACUUGCGUCUUAAGAGGGGAGAUUAUGGAGAUUGGCAAGCAGAAGGAAGUGCAGCUGCGGGUAAUCAUCAGGACAUGGAGGAAGACGAACAUUAA